AUGGGAGGAGUGAACUGUGAAACUGAAACUGAAGGUUGUGAUCGUGCAUCUGUGAAAUUUGAUUUGCUUGAAAGCUUGAAGCAUUUGUGCGAGGUUGAUAGUGAUACACUUUUAAAUAGACCGUUAGCAACGGAUCUUAAUGAGCGGCCUUCUAAAUGUCCAAGAAUCCUUCCUGAAGAAAUUGAUGCCACCACUUUGCAACGUGAUCCAGGGAAACGUCCGCAAAUAUGGGAAUAUCCUGUAAACUUACAAGAUGAAAUGCGGCGUGCUUAUCUUAGAGCUGGCCCAUGUCAACCUAUUCUUUUACCUACAGAAUAUCCACCUUCAGGACCGGAGAAUCAUCGUCGUCGAUUUCAAGCUUCUUGGUUUCAGACAUACUCAAGUUGGUUGGAGUAUUCGGAAUCAAAGGAUGCCAUCUUCUGUCAUCCAUGUUACAUUUUUGCUAAGAAAUCAACAGGCCGUCCAGGAUCAGAUGCAUUUACAGUGAAAGGUUUUAGGAAUUGGAAAAAGGUGAACGAUGGAAUGAAUUGUCCUUUAAUGGGACAUGUGGGGACAGAUCCAAAUUCACCACAUAAAAUUGCUGUGAAAUGUUGUGAAGAUUUGAAGAAUUAUUCACAGCAUAUUGGGAAGUUGAUUGAAAAGCAGUCAUCACAAGAAAUAGAGAAUAAUCGAUUGCGGCUCAAAACCUCAAUAGAUAGUGUUAGAUGGCUAGCAUUCCAAGCAUGUGCAUUUAGAGGUCAUGAUGAAAGCUCCGACUCAAAAAAUCAAGGUAACUUCAUUGAAUUGAUAAAGUUAUUAGCAACUUUUAAUGAUAAAGUUGAUGGAGUUGUGUUGACAAAUGCUCCACGGAAUGCCAAAUAUACAUCACCCCAAAUUCAAAAAGAAAUUUUGCAUAUCUUUGCAACUAAAGUGCGAGAUGUAAUUCGCAAAGAAAUUGGGGAUGCUAAAUUUUGCAUUCUUGUUGAUGAAGCUCGGGAUGAGUCAAAAAGGGAGCAAAUGACAAUCAUUUUGAGAUUUGUUGAUAAAGAUGGUUUUAUUCGAGAGAGAUUCUUUCAUAUUGUCCAUGUCAAAGAUACUACUGCAUUAACUUUAAAAAAGAAGAUAUGUGAUGUCCUUUCUUGUAACGACCUCAAAAUUCAGAAUAUUCGAGGUCAGGGAUAUGAUGGAGGUAAAUGUCCAUAUGCAUAUUAUGUGCAUUGCUUUGCUCAUAAGUUACAAUUAGCUUUGGUUGCAGCAUCUAGAGAAGCAAAAUCUGUUCAUCAGUUCUUUGAGAAUUUGAAUUUUAUUAUCAACAUCGUUGUUGGUUCUUCAAAACGCAAUGAUGAAUUGCAAUCUGCUCAAGUUGCUGAGAUUGAAAGUAUGAUUGCUUCUAAUGAAAUCGAGACUGGAAGGGGGGCAAAUCAAAUUGGUACUUUGCAACGACCUGGAGAUACUCGAUGGUCUUCUCAUUUUAAUUCUGUUUCUAGCAUGAUAAGAAUGUUUCGUGCAACUUGUUCAGUUCUUGACACUAUCUCAAAGGAAGGAACCAACUAUUCUCAACGCGGUGAUGCUGAAGCGGCUUAUAUGGUAUUAACAUCAUUUGAAUUUGUUUUGAUAUUGCAUUUGAUGAAAGAGAUUAUGGGAUAUACGCAUUGUCUUUGUCAAGCUUUGCAACAAAAUUCUCAAGACAUUUUAAAUGCCAUGAAAGUGGUUUCUACUACAAAAUCACUUCUUCAGAAUUUGAGAAAUGAAGAGUGGGAGCCUUUCCUUCAUACUGUUAAAUCAUUUUGUGAAAAAAAUGAAAUAGAUGUUCCUGAUAUGAAUACUCGUUACACUAGAGCUCGAGGUAGAUCAUGUCGCCAAAAUGAAGAAUCUUCCAUGACAAUGGAGCAUCAUUUUAGAAUUGAUGUGUUUAUUGCUGCAAGAGACUUCCAAUUACAAGAACUGGAUAAUAGAUUUAGUGAGCAUGCAGUGGAACUUCUUUGUCUUAGUGCCGCUUUAAGCCCUUUAGAUGCAUACAAAUCAUUUAAGAUUGAUGAUAUAUGUAGCUUAGUUGAGAAGUUCUAUCCUCAAGAUUUUACUGAGCAAGAGAAAAUGAUUUUGAGAUUUCAAUUGGAUCAUUAUAAGCUUGAUGUGCCAAAACAUUCAGAUUUUCAGAAUAUGUCCACUUUAUCUGAGUUGUGCAGAGGAUUAGCAAUUUCAGGAAAAUCGAAGAUUUAUAAUUUGAUUGACAGGUUGAUUCGUCUAGUGUUGACUCUCCCUGUUUCUACUGCUACUACUGAACGAGCCUUUUCUGCCAUGAAACUUGUAAAAACUAGAUUACGUAGUAGAAUGGAAGAUGAGUUUCUAGCAGAUAAUUUGGUAGUUUAUAUCGAGAAAGAAAUUGCUAAGGAUUUCACGACAGAGAUGAUAAUUGAUGAAUUUUAUUCCAUGAAAGAUCGUCGACGUUGA